CGAGGCACGUGUUGUGUAGAAUAGAGCAGCAUAAUCAUUAAUUUAGCAAUGCCAGGGAGGAGGGAAAGGAGUUUUAACUAGUUAGUUAGCGGACAUAUCUCGCAGGCAAAAGGCCUCCGCCAAAUUUAGGGGAGGUGGGAGUAAGGAGAGAAAAGGACCACCUAUUACAAGCAGGAAAAAGAGAAAAGAGGAGGUUCCUUUGCAUUCUCUAGAAGGGAUUGUGACUGAUUUCACAGAGGAUUGCACGCCCGUUGAAUUCAUUGGGCUUUUUAAUCUUGUCUUUUGAUUGUUUCAAGAGGGGGGUUGGGGGGGAAGAAGUAUAGAAGGAAUCAAUGGUGAAGAUCUGAGACAAGGCAGCCAUGGCGCCCAGCUUUGACUGUGUGUCCAAUGUGCUUGAGAAUGGUUCGCAUUUCGAAUCCUGGGACAACCAGGGCGAUACCCAACAGACCCAUUUGUCCCUGUCUUUCUUUGCAGCUGAGGAUGAUGAGUCGCUCUCUGUGCUGCUCCAAAAAGAGCCCGAGUUCAUGCCCAAGCAAGGCUAUGUGGAGCGGUUCAGGAAUCGAACCCUUGAUCUUAACGCUCGCAGGGAGGCUGUCAACUGGAUUCUCAAGGUGCAUUGCUUUUAUAAUUUUGGGUCCCUGACUGGCUACCUGGCUGUUAAUUACCUGGAUCGGUUCCUUUCGAUAUUUAAGCUGCCACAAGGUACCUGCAAGGCUUGGAUGCUCCAGCUGGUCUCUGUUGCUUGCUUGUCUCUGGCGGUUAAAAUGGCGGACAUUCAUGUUCCCCUUCUUCAAGAUUUGCAGGGGGAGGAUGCAAAGUUCAUAUUUGAUGCACAUACUAUUCAAAGAAUGGAGCUUCUGGUUCUGAGCACACUGCAAUGGAGAAUGCACUCUGUUACGCCAUUUUCCUUUGUUGAUUACUUCGUCUCCAAAGCCAUUGAACGGAACAAUGUCACUCCCGUACAUCUGAUUGAGAGGGCUGUUGAGCUCAUUCUUAACACUGUCAAAGUGGCAGAUAUGGCAGAAUACAAGCCAUCUGCCAUUGCAGCAGCAGCAGUACUGUGUGCAGCUGAGGAAGUGGUACCUCUGGAAGCAGCCCAUUACAAGAGGGUUCUAUCUUCUUGCAGCAAUGUGGACAAAGAAAGAAUGUUUGGGUGUUACAAUCUGAUCCAGGAAAUUAUGAUAGAGAAUUCCUUCACAAGAAGCAAGAAAAACCAGAUAUCAGGAGGAUCCCUAUCAGCAGCAAAAACUCCUACUGGAGUUCUUGAUGCAGGGGCAUGUUUCAGCAGCUGGGACAGUGACAAAACAAGUGCUACUCGCACCUCAAGCAUAAGCGUGGAGCCAUAUGCCAAAAGGAGAAAACUGAAUGAAUUCUGCAGCUCAGUGUUCGUUUCUGAAGUACAGCCAUGCUGACAGAAGGCUGUGGUUUUUGGGGGAGGGUUUUUGUAGGGUUUUAGAGGCAGGAGUCUCUGCAACUGUUUAAAACUUUUGUUGGUUUAUAAACAAAUCUGCUUCUGGCUUUUACCCAUUUAUUGAACAUGGCAUUGAGAAGGCAAAGGUUUCUUUCCAAACUCUCUGGUUAAAAUGCAAGAUAAAUGGAUAUAACAGGCCAUCAGCUUGAAUUUUUAUGCUUACGGAGUCUGAUCUCCUCUUCUCAUAA